GUAGCACAUGAAUCCGCCGGCCAACGGCGCCCCUCAUCCGCUGGUUUUCCCGGCCAGCUCCCGGCGCCCCCACUCUCCUCCGUAUUUCACAGCAGGUAUAUAAGUUAUGGAACCAUCAGAAAAUGCUUCAAGUCAGCCAGCUAAAGCUAUGGAAUCAAAGAAUGGCAUUGGUAAUGGUGACAAGUCACCAACAACUCAGCACCCUGUUGGGGGAACUAUUAACAUUCUCUCUUCAAGCAAGAAGUUGAACACCUCAUUCUCCUCUAACUGUUCAUCUCCCGACACUCCUCUGGACAGUCCUUUUGUAGAGAGUGGUCAUAAAAACAAAACCACGGCUAAAGAAGAAGUUCCCAGCAACUUGUUGGCCACAGAAUCUCCACGAACCCAAGUGAUGGAAGAACCUGUUGUACAUGAGGUACGAUAUAGGAUCCCAUCUUCUGUGUUUGCUCAAGGGAAGUCCAGAAAAGAACUGGAAUGGAGUAUGUGCUCUAAUGAGUCAUUAUUCAGUAUCCAGUUGGACAAUACCAGUUUUUGUAGAGAUGAAUUCCUUUUGAAGACUGAAGAGCUUUGUGAACACGAAGAAGCUUCUGAGGUGGCCCCUGCAGCGGUAGAUAUCGCUCCAGUGAGGCCUUCAUCUGCCCAUAUAACUGAGUUGGCAAGGGCUGGAGGGAUAGACAUGGCAGAGACGUCCAUGAGAGAUUUCUUAAGGGACAGUAAAAAUCAAAACCAGGAAAAAUGUCGUGUUGAGGAACAGACUUCUCGUUACUCUGACGAGAGUGGCACCAGUGGAAGAUCCUUUGCAUUCCCAAUAUUGUCAGGGGAAAUAGACAAAGACGGUUUGGCAAAGUUAAAGACUGAAAAAAAGCAGCCGCCACAGCCGUUGCCAUUGCCCGUGCAAGAGGGAGAAUCACCACAGCAGGCUCCUCAGCCUGAACAUAAUGUAGAUGCUGCACCAAAACAGUGGUUUUCGUGCUUCAUGUGUUGCUCAUUCUGUUCUUAGGAGAUUUCAUGAAUGAAGAAUGCUUGAGGAAUUUUGGUUUUCAAGAAGAUCAAAGAGACAAUGUCACAUUAAUAGAAGUGUACUAACAUU